AAAUUCGGCAUGUUCUAUUAGAGAAAAAGCUUCGAUCUUCAUUAUCCAAUCGUUUUUAGACCAGCGAAACUCUCGCAGCAUCGAAUCGUUUAAAUCGCAGUUCAGGUUCUGCUGUUCGAAGUUCGGAACGAAGUUCGCAGGAUUCUCAUCUGGAUAUCUACAUUGACUUCAGCUAGGCAAGAUGGUGCGGCGUAAGAGAUUGUCUUUGGCGCCCGAAACAUUGGAGGACCUCCAGGAAGUCACCGCGGAUCAAAUAGAGCACUCGAAGCUGGAAAGAGCCAGAGCGCUCCAAGAGCAAGCCGAAAAACAGAGCGCUCAGGAAACCCAAGCGGCCACUCUCCACGGGGAACAAUUAUCAGUUUACAUUCAAAAUUGCGUUAAACUCGCACAAGACAAUAAAAUAACCAUUCGGAAUGCGUUCGACUUGCAACUGAUUGACUACAUGAUCGCUUUCGCGAAGAAAGCAGACGCCGGGAAUGACGGUACGAACUUCUCCUUGGCGUCGAUGUCCCUCGAUGCGUCGGGGAAGAUCUACGGAUAUCGUGUGGACGCCGUUCACCAAGACGUAGUCCGACUCAUAUCAGGCAUAGGAGGAGGGAAGAAUGGCCAAGCUCCAGAUAUUCCCGAAGCUCCUGAGAACAUCCUCGGGGAAGAUGCGGACUCGACGAAAAAGGUCAGAAAACGUCGAAUCCGUAGCACCUACAUCGGUGAAGAUGGCGCUAAUGAGGGACAUAUCGAAAUCGAUCACGAAAUAUGCGGCAAUGAAACGCUCACAACGGUCCACCACAAUGAUGGCAAUGCGUUGGGUAGAAUCUUGUCCUACAACCUGAUACCCCUCGAAUGCGGCUCCGUCGACUUGGAAGGUUCUUCUUCGUGGUGGUCGCAGGAACAUCUCAAGAAAGUCGAGGCUGAGAAAGAAAUCGUCGUGACGGAAGAUCUUCCUCUACUUCACCGGCUUUUGGAUCUGGAUAUGAACGCCACUCUGGCGAUGAACGUUUCUCAGGCCGAAGCGGAUCCUCUAAGCCAGGGAUCCGACGACCACAACAGCUCGGUGAUUUUUGAUCCGGACGCGGAACCCAUGCCAAUCGCUGAAGACUGCGGAGGAGACGCGGUCGUCGGGGACGUGCACUUAGAUGAACUCUCGGCGAUUCAUCCUCUCGGAGCACCGAACGAUAGUCAGUUCAGCAUCGCCGGGGAUUUCAGCAUGAUCUACCAGGACAAGUUCAAGUCCUCCGGUUUGAAUUUCGCUGGGCCCUCACAGUUCCGCUUGAAACGUUUCAACAUUCUGGGCUCCGAGAAGAAAGCUGCCGGACAAACUCGGCUCAAGACCCUCAAAAGAGAUCUCAAGUACAUGUCAUUCAAGGAUGAAGAAAUGCAAGAAUGCUUCGAAGAUGUCACUGCUACUUCGAGCAAAAAGAAAACAAACGUUCUGAUCUCAAUGACGAUGGAUAGGUGGUCCAGCGAAACAACAACUCUCACUGUCGAAUUCACGCCGUCGAGUUUCACCAGACUUGCUCAGUUGUUCACUCUGCCCAGUAUUUCUGUUCGACAGAGCAAGCAAAAGGCGACAGGGGAUUUGGGCGACGAACGACUCAUCGAGUAUCACGAUGACGCCGACGACAGACCCGUCAGCCCAUGCGCCGAUGAUCUAUUCAGUGAAUUGGGCCGUGAUGCAGAGCACGCUGAGCGGGACUUCAACCUCGACAACAUCGAAGCAGUGGAGAACGAUUUCGGAGUACCUCCUUCCCAACCCUUGGAUGAGGCUGGUUACGAUAACCUCAUUUCAGCUCCAGGAAUCAUAGCGGAGAAGCUCGCCAUUGCCUACACGAAAGCCGCUAAAAAGUUCAAUGUCCGUCAGAUGAAGGAGAGCUACUGGAAAGUACUCACCAAGGAAACAAACACUGAAACUAUGAAGGGCGAGAAGCCAUUCUCCGAGUUGUAUCACGAAGUCGUACAAUAUCUGUCGGCGACGAACAGAAAGAACAUUUCUGUACCCUUAGCGUUCGUUUCAGCUCUUAUGCUUUGUAAUGAAAAACACCUGGUACUGAAGCCGGGCGUAAAUGACACAGAGUUCACAAUUAGCCAAGCUCCAGACCCAUAUACGACUAGCAAAGACCUCCAUAUUGAUGGUUUUAAUUGACUUGUUCGACGAGAGAAGUCUCUAAGGUAAAAGUAAAAGUAUUGUUGUUCG